AUGGGCGUUAUGCGUCUCCCCCGCCCAAUGGGCAUAUAUGUCCCCAAUUCACCAAGAACCCUCACCAACGACAUGAUCUCUCCACCACUAUCUCCGGAAUUCAGCUUCGAUUCCGAGACCGUCACACCCUCCCUACUCCCAGCCCUGGAAUACAUCUCCUCCAAACUCCAACAAAGAAUGAUGCACGUCACCCUCCUCAUCGGCCGCGGAAAGCCCUACCCGACCGGUCAACCUUCCGACCUAAUGAUCAUCCCCAUUCACCCAAUUGAGCCACAAGCAUGGCGAGUACUUGAACGCGCCAUCGCCAAAGGCUCAAGAAAGUUCUCCCUCGGCCCCAGCUGGACAGACGCUAUCAGCCGCAGUCAGUAUGAACGCCAGGCAAACGAUCACCUCGUCAAGCAAUCCAUCCUCCAGAACGAAGUCAUCUUCAGCCAGGAAGGCCUAACUCUCCUGAACAUGGACCGCAUCUACACCUUCAAGCGCCGCAUGUGUAUUCUAUCUACCCGCCCUUUUUCUCGCAGCGACGAACAGUCGAUGUCAUCCUGCGUUCGACUACUCCACCGCAUCGUCGCAGAUUUCUCCGGUCGCCCCUUUAGCAAAGCUUUCUUCCACCGUGUCUAUGAGCAGCUCGAUGUCCCAGACGAGCAGCUCACUGCAGUCGCACUUGCGUACAAGAAUGUCCACAGCCAGGAUGCUAUCAUCCUUCCCGUUCAGGCGAAAGCUCCAGCCCCGACUCCUGCUCCUGCUCCUGCCCCAGUUCUAGUGUCAGCUCCUGCUCCAGCUCCAACUCCAGUUCCAGUUCCGGCCAAAGUCGAGGCCAUUGUUCCAGCAAAAACUCCAGCAAUGGUCCAGACUAAGAUUCCAGAAAUGGUCCAGACUAAGACAAUGGCACAGACUAAGAUUCCAGUGAUGAUCCAGCCCAAACUCCAGCCCAAAAUUCAGGAAAAAAUCCAAGUAAAAGUCUUGCCCAAAGCUGCUGAGCGAAUCAUUUUGAAGCCUAAGGCUGAUCCAAUCCCUAUCCGGGUGAAGGCGGAACGCCCUCGCGAGGUGAAGAGAUCACCCAUCCAGACUGUGCGCGGUCGGAGACAGCCUCCACCGUCGAAGAUGCGAGGAAACAAUAAGCGUGGACCCAAGACGCCUCUUUCUGCGUCGGACGUUACUCCCAUCACGCGGAAUGAGUGGAAUAUUCUUGUCAGCCAGGAUAUCCGUGUACAGCCUAAGGUUACGAAGUGGAUUCCGUCGCCGACUGUACUGGCUGCUGCUUGA